UUAUUUCAUCCCAUCAAAUGCAAGAUGGAGGAAACAUGAAACUUUUAGCUUAGGUUAUCACCUAGCUGUAAGUAAUUGAGUUGUAAUGCCUUCUCUUACAAUGACCAGAGUCGUUUUCACCUCAGUAGAAAAGGUCAUCCAGUCAUCUGCUACAGAGACCAGCAAAACGUGCUCUUUACACGCGGAAGAGCUUUAAAAUAAACAUGCUUUAUCACGGCCGCUGUGGCAGUGUUCUGCUCUAUUGCCUGCACCUAGGGAACCAAACAGGCUUCUGGUUACCAUCCUCAUCAUGAGUCAAGACUAUUCCUGGGCAGGCUUUUUCACCGUUAUCUCUAACAAUCCCAGUAUGCCAUACCAGUGUGCACAUGGAGACCCUCUGGCAGCCAUGAAGGAGGUAUCAAAGAACAUGUUGCUCCUGGAAAAUGGGAUCUCGUGGUGUAAAGGUGACCCCGUUUUGACCCCUAUUGGCUCUCACGGCUCUUGUGUCAUCCCACCCAGCUCUCUCCUCUUGCUGCUGUCACUCACGUGUUCUCACUGACUUUGCAAGGAGACUUGUUGAAUCAUUGACACAGAAUUGAAUUACACACUUUUAUGUAAUUACAUUACAUGUCUUGUUUUGAUUUAUUUUACAGCUGCUUUGAAGAUAUAAGGCAGCUCAAGGGACGUCAACUGCAAAACAGAGCUGUUAUAAUGGCUUUAUUUUUGGAGGAGAUUGUACGUCUAAUUGCUUGGCUGUGAAAUUUCAUAGCUCCCUAUACUUAGGAAAGAACAAUGCAUAAUAUUAUUCUGUCUUUGUGUGUGGCACAUUGCAAUUUACAAGCUGAAUCUCUUCUGUCCCUUCAGUUAAACUUGUGAAAUAAUUUUCACUUCUGUGUGCAAAUUUACAGUGCCCACAAAGUCAGACUACCUUGUAAUGUGCUGUAUUUAGGCUCAUAGACUAAAAUUUUAGACGAUGUGAUUAUCAAACCAACCACCCUCAUUAAGCAAACUGCUAAGUUUAGUUGCUACUAAAACUAGAUCUUUGCAUUUUCUGAAGAAAACAUGAGUGGUACUCAUGCAGAAGUCAGAGAUAUGACGCUGAAGUGUUUUGAGUGUAGUUAAUACUGGUCCAAGUGGCCCAAAAUGUAAGUCUAUGAAAUAUUUUUACCCAUUAAAAUGUUAAUGUAUAUAUUUUGAGAUGCGGACAAUGUGACAAUUGAGUGAAGUGUCCAACUGACCACUGUUUGAAAUACCAUGAUGAAUAGCUCAACGAGAAACACUGCAGUGCUUGUGCUGUUGUGUAGAUGUUAUCAUGCCCAUCCGACAGAGCUCAGAUGAGUGUUGUCCUUUGUGCCGGCUAACACUGAGAGCUCUUGACAUUCAGAGUCUGAAUUAAUUCCGCUGAGUCAAGGCCAUUUUCAAUCAUGUACAGUGACAUAAUGACAUCAAACACAUCUCUGCCUGAGGUCUAAGAUGAAAACAGAUGCACAAAUGCUCAAAAAAAGUUAGCUGAGAUUAUUUUCUCAGCAUAAUUUAUCCCAGACAGACAUGAAUGAUACAUCAAUCAUGCAGCUUGUUGAGCAGAGAAUAUCUUAGAGACUUCGGAUGAGGCUUUUUUGACUUGAGUCAGUAAUGAACUUCCAGAACACCCUAACAAUUAGAGUUGGGGUACUUGGACUCGCACUCAGAUUUGGACACCGAUAGUUUGGGGAUUGUAAGAUUGUUUAAAAGAAAUUCAAACUUUUAUUAAGCAAGGACAUUUAAUUGAUCAAAAAUGGUUCGACUGUAAUUUCUACGUCAGCAGCACCACACGCAUACGGCAUUCGUCGUGAAACUCUUGUGAACGCACAUCGAUGACUGACACGGAAAAUAAUAAAUUGUUGAAUAAAUAUUUUUGUUUUAUUUGCGCACAAAAUGUAUUCUUGUUACUUUAUAACAUUACGGUUGAACCACUGAUGUUACAUGGACUAUUUUAACGAUGUCCUUACUACCUUUCUGGAUCUUGAAUGUGUCAGUUCUGUUGCUGUCUAUGGAGGGUCAGAAAGCUCUCGGAUUCCAUCUAAAAUAUCUUCAUUUUUGUUACGAAAAUGAACGAAGGUCUUACAGGUCUGGAACGAAAUUAGGGACCUGAUGGAGAACACAACUGGUCCAGCAACUACCCAUUUUGUGGAGGAGCAUUCCAGUCACCCAUCGACUUCCAAACACAGCUGCUGAGAUACGAUCCAAACCUGCCGCCCAUCCAGGUCCAGAACUACAACCUGUCAACCAAUGAGCAGCUCACUCUCAGCAACAACGGACACUCUGUGCAGUUGUCUUUGCCGUCUCACAUGUACAUCUCCAGCCUCCCUCACAGAUAUUCAGCAGCUCAGCUCCACUUCCACUGGGGCUCUUCCAAUCUGCUGACUGGAUCAGAACACACUGUUAAUGGCAAACGGUUUGCUGGAGAGAUGCAUGUAGUACACUUCAAUUCUGACAAAUACCCCAACAUUUCAAUGGCAGUGGACAAGCAUGAUGGACUGGCUGUGCUGGGAGUUUUCAUUGAGAUUGGAGAGUUCAACCCUGCUUUCGACAAAUUCUUCAAAUACAUGAAUGGGAUAAAGUACAGAGAUCAGAAAAUACAGGUCCCAGCAUUUAACAUCCAUGCGCUGCUACCAGCCCAUUUGGAUGAGUAUUACCGCUACGAUGGUUCAUUGACCACACCGCCUUGCUAUCCCAGUGUACUAUGGACCGUGUUUAGGAGACCGGUCACCAUUUCAAGAAAACAGUUUUUGGCAUUGGCCACAGCUCUGUAUGCUUCUUAUGCCCAAGAGUCUACUACUGUGCCACUACACGGAAAUUACCGGAAACCACAACUCGCAGAUAACAGAGUGGUACUGGUUUCCUUCAAGGAUGGACUGCAUGGUAUUCUUUCAGCGGCGUCCCCCUUUCAGAGGAAGCAAGUCAUUCAGAAGCUUCUGGUGGGUGACCUUGCGGAUUUGGCCGACGAGGGAUUCUACCAACUUCUGCCAAAGUUGAGUUCUCAACCAGGAAAGCAUAAGAAGUUGAAGAAGACCAAGAAGCAGGGACAAUUGAGCCAGGCAACUCAGAAAGAGGAAUGGUCAAAGAACAGGGUGCAAAGCAAUACUGGCUACUCCUCUUCCGUUGGGAAGAACACACCAACACCGUGGUAUAUGGGAGCAUUUGAUACGGAUAAAGGGAUAUGCUUUGUAUCCCUGGAGGAGAAUGUUGUGCACGAACUCGAGAGAUACCAUGCAAAGGGUCUGAUGGUUGAAGCUCUGAGAGAGGUCGUCUUCCCGGAGUUGAACCUCAGGAGUUACUUGCACUGCCAAUCUGAUCUAGACCUUCAGACCAUAAGAAAACUCAUACAAGGAAGAUCUCGGGACGAAGCUGCCGAGCUCGAACAAUCACUGGCUGAAGCCAUGCUGAAGAAGAUGAGGAGGCAAAUCAACCAGCAUAGAAACUCAAACAUGAAAACCACCAUAGGGCAUCCUCAAGCCACAAUCCCGAAGGACUUCAACUCAGCCUUGACUUACCACAGACCUCAACGUGUUGAAUGGGAAGAUUAGACCCAGCGAGGGCCACGGACCUUCCUGAGGGCCUAAAUUUCUGCAGUACGCUGUCACGCACAAUAUUCAUAUAGUCAAGUCAGCUCCUAAGGCUAGCAUGUCAUUUGAGCAAUAUUUAUUUAGUUGGAUGGUACCCCUCUAACACUGUCUCUGAGACUCAGACAGUCUUUGUCUCAAACUAGUUUGGUUUUGCAGUAGAUGAAAUGACUUGUUGAGCAAAUAGUGUUCAUGAUAUGUUACGCCGCUGGUUAUGAAAACUUUGUAGUUACUUUCCAAUGAACUGGACAGUAUGCUUUUGCUAGAUGGAUGUCGACAGGACCACGAAAUGUCCAGCCUUCAGGAUCCAGAUUAACUAUCUGAUGAUUAGUCUAGACUAAAAGCUGGUCUGUUUUAAGCAUUAGCGAGGUUUUUGUGGGAGAAUACUGCUCAAACAAUUUUAAUUAUGAUAUGCAAUGCACAAAAAGACAGAAGACCAUCAUGGUGAGGGCAUAUUUUUACAUUUUAUUGGGAAAAGUUGAGCAGUAAUUGUAUUCUGUGGUCGAAAAGAGUCAAGCGCAAAUUAAAAGGGACAAAGGGGCAAAAUCAGCACUUCAAGUAUUUUAACAUUCUUAAGUUCUCGAACGCUGUGUGCUACUGUUUUUUUGGGUGUGAUCUGAUCCCAGAGAGACAGCAGACAGCGUGACCUUUUUUUGGACACUGACUCAGAUUUUGGUCUAUAAAAUUCUUUGUGAAAUGUCUAGAUCAUGGAUUGUAAAAUAAAAGCAUAACGUCAAUUAAAAAUGUAUCACUUUUUCCACCUGUAAAGGACAAAUAUGUCCCUGUUUAUAUUCUAAAUGGUGUUCGGAAGUGAUAUCUGAAUAUUAUAAAGUGCAAUGGUGUAAGUUUAUAUUUGUAUUUGUAUUGAGUUAAAAGAAUAUCAGAAUCUUUGGAGCUUGUAUGAUCCGCAGUAGUGCAUUUUCUGAUUUUAUCCACAAAUUCUGCCAUCAUUUACUUACCAUCAUGUCAUUCCAAUCCUGUUUGACUUUUUUUCUUCUAAUGAGCACAGAAGAUAGUUUUUUGUCCCAAUAAUGGAAGCCAAUGGUGUCCAAUAUCGUUUUGGACCCCAUUGACUUUCAUUAUAUGAACAAAAACUGUUAAAACACUAAUAUAUCUAUUAAUAUAUCUUGUGUGUGUGUUUUUUUGGUUGUUUUUUUCUCAAAUAAUCCCACAUCAUUUGUAUGUGCAAUAUAUACACAAACUUUCCUCUCAAUUCAUAGUUUUCUUUUCUUUCC